AUGCUCCCCAGCGCCGUGGCGGCCCACGCCGGCGCGUACUGGGACGUGGUAGCGUCCUCCGCGCUCCUCAACUUCCCCACAGCGCCGGGCUUUGGCAACCUGGGCAAGAGUUUCCUGAUCGAGAACUUGCUGCGGGCUGGGGGCGCCCCGCCGCACGGGCUGCAGCCACCCGCGCACCACGGCCCGGCGUCGACUCUAGUCGCAGCCGCCGCCGCCGCCGCCGCCACUGCCGCGGGCGUGCAGGUCCGGCCCCUGCCGGCCAGCCCCGUUCCCCUCAAGCUGUGCCCUGCGGCGGAACAAGUCAGCCCCGGCGGCGCGCCUUACGGCACGCGUUGGGCUUUUCAAGUGCUCAGCCCCUCGGCGGACGGCGCCAGGCUGCCGGGCCGGGCUGCGGCGGACCGGGACUGUACCUUCCAGCCUUCCGCCCCAGCAUCUUCCAAACCUUUUUUCCUGAGCGCCCCGCCAUUCUACUCGGCAUGCUGUGGUGGGUCCUGUCGGCGCCCUGCAUCCCCCACUGCUUUUGCAAGAGAAGGGAGUGUGCUGCCUCUCUUGACGCAGGACUCUAACUCCAAAGCUCGGAGGGGUAUUUUAAGACGAGCUGUGUUUUCUGAGGAUCAGAGAAAGGCUCUGGAGAAAAUGUUUCAGAAGCAGAAAUAUAUCAGCAAAACAGACCGAAAGAAACUUGCCCUCAGCUUGGGACUAAAGGAAUCACAGGUGAAAAUUUGGUUUCAGAACAGAAGAAUGAAGUGGCGGAAUUCCAAAGAGAAGGAAGUGCUUUCCAACAGGUGUGUCCAGGAAGUAGGCCUUCAAGAGGAUCCCCUCUCAAGGUCUGCUCUGGGGCUCCCUUCCCCGUGUCCUUCACUCUGGGAAGUCUCCCAGCAGCACUCGAGUCCCAGAUGGAGGGAGAAUUCGCCAGAACCUUCAGAAAGACUCAUCCAACAGAGUUCAGGGGCAGCGGCCCCAGAAGCAAAGUCACAGCAGGGUGCCUUGUAUUUGUGUUCGGAAGAUGCUGGAGACAAGGGUGUACUUACUGGGGCAGUCUGA